AGCUUAAAAAGAUACUGAGAAACGAUAAACCAGUCCAUCAUCAUUAUUAUUCUCUAAUAAUGGUUUUUCUCAGAUUAUUAAUCCUCAUUGGCUUUGUGUUUCUCACUUCUGAAGCUCAACAAAGGCAAUCAAACAUAAGUACUGGGUCUUCUCUAACACCAGAUGGAAAGUCGUCUUGGUUGUCAAAAUCUGGAGUCUAUGCCUUUGGAUUCUACAAGCAAGGCAAUGGCUUCUCAGUGGGGAUAUACGUAGCUGGGAUUCCUCAGAAGACUGUUGUAUGGACUGCGAGUCGAGAUUCUCCACCAGUCAGCAGAAAUGCCACUUUGGAAUUCACAAGUGAAGGAAGGUUUGUCUUGCGAUCAACACAAAGAGAAGAAAACAUAGGAGAUCCUGCUCAGUCAGGUUCUUCAGCUUCUAUGAUGGAUACAGGCAAUUUCGUGGUCUAUGAUUCAGAUGGGAAUAUGAUAUGGCAGAGCUUUAAUCACCCUACUGAUACCAUUCUCCCCAGUCAACGUCUCCUAGCUGAUAGUGAGCUCAUUUCGAGUGCUUCAGAAUAUGAUCACUCAUCGGGAAUCUUUCGUCUCAAGAUGCAAACUGAUGGUAACCUUGUUCAGUAUCCAGUAAAUACUCCAGACUCUGCUCCAUAUGCUUACUACGCAACUGGAACAAGUUGGGCUGGACAGAACGUGACUUUAGUUUUUGAUUCUGAUGUAAGUAUUUACUUGAUAAACUCUACAAGUGUUAACUUCCAGAAUGUAACAGAUAGAAGCCAUUAUAGGAAAGACGCAAUCUUUCUUAUGAGAAUUGAUUCAGAUGGGAUAUUUCGUUUGUAUUCAUAUAAUCUAAAGCAGAAUUCUCAUAAUUGGUCAAUUGAGUGGAAUUCUACCAAUGACAAGUGUCAGCCUAAAGGUUUAUGUGGAUUAAAUGGAUUUUGCAUCCAGAUGGAUCAAGACGCGAAUUGCCUCUGUCUUCCAGGAUUUGACUUUGUUAACAAGGGAAACUGGUCUUCAGGCUGCGAGAGAAACUUUAUUGCAGACAGUUGCGGAAAUAAUAACAGAAGUCUCAAGCACACAAUGCAAGAAAUUCCUAACACAAAUUGGCUAGACAAUUCAUUUUCGGAUAUUUCGACAUUAGAUAAAGAAGGCUGCAUUCAAGCUUGUUCGGAUGAUUGUAACUGUGAAGUUGCAUUUUAUGAUUCUGGCAAGUGUAAAAAGCAGACACUUCCAUUACGAUAUGGAAGAAGAAGUGGUUCUUCAAAUAUAGCUCUUAUCAAGGUAUAUACAUCCCAACCCACUACAGAAAUUUUUGUUUCUAAAGAGAGUCAGAAAAGAGUUCGUUCUGAUAUCCUCAUUAUUAGUGUCUUUCUUCUGUCUUUUGGUUUGAUUAUGUUGGUGAUUUCAAUAAUCGUUUUAUGCAAAAGCCAUUUUUGGGAAUAUAAAAAGCUUAACACUAGGAGGAGUGAUGAUGUUGAGUUGAUUGGUGAUGAUGUUUCCUUAAGAUCGUUUACUUAUGAAGAACUUGAGAGAUUUACAGAUGGUUUCAAGGAAGAAAUUGGUAAAGGAUCGUCUGGGACAGUUUAUAAAGGGAUCAUUUCGAGUAGCCAGAAGUUCGUGGCCGUGAAAAGACUGGAGAAAUUGUUGGAUGAAGGUGAAAGAGAGUUUCAAAAUGAGAUGAAAGCGAUAGGGAGAACACACCACAAGAACCUUGUCCGGUUGAUAGGUUACAGCCAUGGAGGACCAAAAAGGCUUUUGGUGUAUGAGUACAUGAGUAAUGGGUCACUUGCAGAUGUUCUCUUUAAACCAGAAAGCAAUCCCAAAUGGGAAGAACGAGUGGGAAUCACUUGUGAGAUUGCAAGAGGAAUAAUGUAUCUCCAUGAAGAGUGUGUGACACAAAUAAUCCACUGUGACAUUAAACCUCAAAACAUACUCAUGGAUGAGAAUAAUUGUGCCAAGAUUUCUGACUUCGGAUUAGCGAAGUUGCUGAAGCCAGACCAAACCAGAACCUUUACAGGGAUUAGAGGAACAAGAGGGUAUGUUGCCCCUGAGUGGCAUCGAAGACUUCCUAUUACACCGAAAGCAGAUGUGUACAGCUUUGGGAUUGUUCUUUUGGAGAUUAUAUGCUGCAGAAAGAAUGUGAUUUGGGAUCUUCCUGAGGAGAAGGCUAUAUUGGAAGAAUGGGCUUAUACUUGUUUUGAGAAUGGUGAGCUUGUAAGUUUGGUGGGGAAUGAAGAAAUCGACCAGAGACAAUUGGAGAGAAUUGUGAAAGUUGCACUUUGGUGCAUCCAGGAGGAGCCGUCCUUGCGUCCCUCAAUGAAGAAAGUUCUGCUUAUGUUGGAGGGAACUGUUGAUAUCCCCAUUCCUCCUAGUCCAGAAUUCUUUUAACAUAGGCGGAAAAUGGUGGAAUUUUUGUGUAGUUAGAUUUAUUUUAUGUUCUCUCAUUGUUGCUGCUAAUAAAAUAAUGAAUAAAAAGUUUCAUAUUUCUUCUUUUA